AUGAAGUUCGUGUGUGAGUGCACGAGCAGCACAUGAGCUUCUUCCCUCCAUCAGAACCAGGAUCUUGUAGUCCUGCUCAGUACUGACAGCAGAUUUGUGGGAUCUGCACAGAUCUGAGACCGUCAGACUCCCUUCAUUCAGACUCAACUCGGCUGCUGUGGGAAGCAUCGCGGUGACGUACCACAGCCGCACCGCACCGCACCGCGCACUUUGGAGAGCUGGGGAGCGCAGAAAAACGCGCGCUUCUCUUCUCUGGACCCAGCCUUUGAUUUGAACAUGCCUUUACUGUGGUGACCUGUCCGACACACUGAUCACACACCAGCUAGGGUUGGAGGGCAAGAACCCGGCUGUCAUUCUCUGGCUGAAUCGAGGGGAAUCGAACCGACAGCUGCAGGUGUUCAGGGUAGUCAGAAAGCUGCUGUUUAGAGGAAUUUAUCACUUCUCCACCAGCAGCAGUACCAGCUCUGUUCUGUAACUGCAGAAACAGAAAAAAGUGGAUUUUGGAUUUAUUAUUUGUGGUGCAUGGAUGCAGAUCGAGUCCGCCUGCAAAGGAAUUUAUCGGAAAAUGUUUGCGUGAUUGGAGACAAGAAACAUCUGGCUGACCUGCUGUGGAGAGAAAAAGGUUUCUGGAAGAAUGUGAAACUGGAGCUGCAGAGAGUCUGAAGUUCUGCCUUAGCUAGGUAUGCUUCGCACAAGGACCUGGACCACAGGAAAUCCUCAGGGUCGGUGCUUGUAGGUUGGACCGCCUACUGUGGUCAACCCUGCCCUGGCUGAGAGGAGACUCCAUGUUCUGGCUCUUCCUGUCCUCAUCACACAUCCUGCACCGUCACCUGCCUGCUGAUUGUGUGAUUAUAUCCCUUCUACUUUUCCCUGCAGCGCCAUUCACUGCAAAAUGGCAAGAUAUUCAAAGGUCCCGACUGUCUCCAACCACUGCUUCCUCUCUCUGCUGAUGCUGAAGAGUUUCUGGCUGUUAGGUUCUAUGUCUCAGAAGCCUGCUGUGUUGACAGACUCCCAGCAGCCCCAGCAGGAAUUCGCUCACUCCAUCCGCUUGGAUGGCGACAUCAUCCUGGGUGGCUUGUUCCCGGUGCACGCCCGUGGCGAGAGAGGCAUCCCCUGUGGUGAGCUGAAGAAAGAGAAGGGCAUCCAUCGGCUGGAAGCCAUGCUCUUUGCCAUUGACCUCAUCAACAAGGACCCAGAGCUGCUGCCCAAUGUGACACUUGGUGCACGCAUCUUAGACACAUGUUCACGUGACACCUACGCACUGGAGCAAUCCCUCACCUUUGUACAGGCACUUAUUGAGAGAGAUGGCUUUGACGUCCAUUGUGCUAAUGGAGAACUACCCAUAUUUGCCAAGCCAGAUAAAGUGGUGGGUGUCGUCGGGGCAUCAGCUAGCUCUGUGUCGAUCAUGGUAGCCAAUAUCUUGCGACUGUUCAAGAUUCCUCAGAUCAGCUACGCCUCGACAGCUCCAGAGCUCAGCGACAACACUCGCUAUGACUUCUUCUCCCGUGUGGUUCCUCCAGACUCCUACCAGGCUCAGGCCAUGCUGGACAUUGUCACAGCCAUGGGCUGGAACUAUGUGUCCACACUCGCCUCAGAGGGAAACUAUGGUGAGAGUGGAGUCGAGGCCUUCGUCCAAAUCUCUAGAGAGUCAGGUGGGGUGUGCAUUGCUCAGUCUCUGAAGAUUCCUCGAGAGCCGACACCUGGUGAGUUUGAUAAGAUCAUCCUCCGUCUGGUAGAGACGCCCAACGCCCGAGCUGUCAUCAUGUUUGCCAACGAGGACGACAUCCGGCGAAUCCUGGAUGCAGCGAAACACAACAACCUGAUGGGUCACUUCCUGUGGGUGGGCUCUGACAGCUGGGGCGCCAAGAUCUCUCCAGUGGUGCAGCAGGAGCAGGUGGCCAAGGGUGCCAUCACCAUCCUCCCCAAGAGGGCAUCAGUGGACGCAUUCGACCGUUACUUCAAGAGCCGCUCUCUGUCCAACAACCGCAGGAACGUCUGGUUCGCUGAGUUCUGGGAGGAGAACUUUGGCUGUAAGCUGGGAAUGCACGGCAAGAGACCUGGCAGCCCCAAGAAAUGCACAGGGUUGGAGAAAGUUGGACGUGACUCCGUCUAUGAGCAAGAGGGGAAGGUGCAGUUUGUAAUGGACGCUGUUUACGCCAUGGCCCAUGCGUUGCACCACAUGCACCACGAGCUCUGCGCCGGAUACCCUGGCUUAUGUCCGCGUAUGGCCAACAUCGACGGCAAGGAGCUGCUGGCCCACAUCCGUGCCAUUAACUUCAAUGGAAGUGCAGGAACUUCAGUGAUCUUCAAUGAGAAUGGUGAUGCUCCAGGACGCUACGACAUCUUCCAGUAUCAGAUUAACAACAGGUCGACAGCAGAGUACAAGGUCAUCGGACGCUGGACCAAUGAACUGCAUCUAAAUAUGGAGGCUUUGCAGUGGACCACUGGCAACUCCUCCCUGCCGGCCUCAGUGUGCAGCCUGCCCUGCCACACCGGCGAGAGGAAGAAGGUGGUGAAGGGCGUCCCGUGUUGCUGGCACUGUGAGCGCUGUGAAGGAUACCACUUCCAGGCCAGUGAGUUUACAUGUGAGCUCUGUCCCUAUGAGAAAAGACCCAACCAGAACCGCACUGGCUGCCAGCCAAUCCCCAUCAUUAAGCUGGAGUGGCACUCGCCCUGGGCACUAGUGCCAGUCUUCAUUUCUGUUCUCGGCAUCAUCGCCACAACCUUUGUCAUCGUUACCUUCAUUCGCUACAAUGACACACCCAUUGUGCGUGCCUCUGGUCGGGAGAUGAGCUACGUCCUGCUGACAGGUAUCUUCCUGUGCUACAUCAUCACCUUCCCCAUGAUCGCUGCACCUGAUGUUGUCGUCUGCUCCUUCCGCCGAAUCUUCCUGGGCCUUGGCAUGUGCUUCAGCUAUGCUGCAUUGCUCACCAAGACCAACCGCAUCCAUCGCAUCUUCAAGCAGGGCAAGAAGGCAGUGACUGCACCACGCUUCAUCUCUCCAGCCUCCCAACUGGUCAUCACCUUCUCACUCAUCUCAGUUCAGCUGUUGGGUGUCCUUGUGUGGUUUGCUUCUGACCCACCGCAUACCUUUGUGGACUAUGGCGAACAACGCACACAGGAUCCUGGGAACGCCCGUGGCAUCCUCAAGUGUGACAUCUCUGACCUGUCGCUCAUCUGCUCCCUGGGAUACAGCAUCCUCUUGAUGGUCACAUGCACUGUAUAUGCCAUCAAGACACGCAGUGUACCUGAGACUUUCAAUGAGGCCAAACCCAUUGGAUUUACUAUGUACACCACCUGCAUCAUCUGGCUCGCCUUCAUCCCUAUCUUCUUUGGCACAGCACAGUCAGCAGAGCGGAUGUACAUCCAGACAGCCACACUGACGGUCUCCCUCAGCCUCAGCGCCUCUGUCUCUCUGGGCAUGCUCUACAUGCAGAAAGUCUACAUUAUCAUCUUUCACCCCGAGCAGAACGUCCCCAAACGCAAACGCAGCUUCAAGGCAAUUGUCACCGCUGCCACCAUGACCAGCAAGCUGUCGCACCUGGCAGCUGAGCGGCCCAAUGGCGAAGUGAAGACGGAGCUUUGUGAGGGUGUGGAGGCCAGCGUGCCACCCAUAAAAACCACUUAUGUCAGCUACACCAACCACGCCAUAUGAAGAAACAACACAUUCAACACGAGGACAUCUGGGACAUGAUCACGCAAGAUUUCUGCCAAGCUCCGAGGAGACAUUAGCACAGGCUGAGGCAGAAAUGAGGUGCUCUGAACAAUAUGAAGGACCAGAAGAUCACAACUACUGACAAACUGAACUAACACAUGUAGUCCAUGAGCCAGAUAGGUUGGUCGGUACCACUCAGGGGGGCAAAUUGCCACCUAUACCAUUUUAUUGUGCUGCCCAUGCAUAUAUCAAUUUGGUAUGAUAGACCUCUCAAAGUGGCAGCUUAAUGUAUUUUAUGCAAGUUGCAAGUUUUCGCAGACUGUGUCCCAGUAGAGCAAAAGGGCUAGCCAUUUACCAGCCUAUCCCUUGCUUUAGUUUGGGAAGAAUGUCUUGAACAUUUCCAGAAAUGUUCCAGAGUACAUUUUGGAAUGGCCCUUUGUGUUCAAAACAGAACUUGAUGUAAUCUAAAUGAAUAAAUUUACAUAAAUGAUAAUAUUUUAUGGGCUGCACAGUGGUGUAGUGGUUAGCACUUUGGCCUUGCAGCGAGAAGAUACCUGGUUCGCGUCCCAGCUUUCCCGGGAUCUUUCUGCAUGGAGUUUGCAUGUUCUCCCUGUGCAUGCGUGGGUUUUCUCCGGGUACUCCGGCUUCCUCCCACAGUCCACAAAUAUGCUGAGGUUAAUUGAUUAUUCUAAAUUGCCCAUAGGUGUGAAUGUGAGAGUGCUUGUUUGUCUGUAUAUGUAGCCCUGCGACAGACUGGCGACCUGUCUAGGGUGUCUCCUGCCUUCGCCCGAGUCAGCUGGGAUAGGCUCCAGCCCCCCCACGACCCUAAUGAGGAUUAAGCGGUGUAUAGAUAAUGGAUGGAUGGAUGGAUAAUAUUUUAUUGUUUUCAUAUGCCUGUAAUAAGCUGUUUUCCUUAACGCAUGAACUGGCUGAGUAUACACUGUUGCUAUGACUGUGGGCAGCUGUGAGCUGUCCUAGUUGUUAACAUUACAAAUAGUCCAUAAGCCAGACAGAUACUGGAACCAUCUCAGGCGACCAAACCUAAGUGGUACUAAAAUGUACAUUGGGUUAAUAUAAGUACAUCAGGAUGUGAGAGCUUUUCCACACUGGCAGCUUGAUCACUUAUUUAUUAUUUGUAUCACACAUUUGCCAUAACCAUGGUUUUGCACAAUUCUUUUAACCCUCUGAGGCCCACAGCUGCAAAAUUGCAACAUUUUUUUUAAGGCUGUCCAGCUGUACCUAUUUCUGACUGAAUGUAGACAAACACUACAUAUCCCAGCACCUGACACUCUGAACUACAAAACUGCAACGUUUUUGACAGGAAAAUAUUAAUACAGUGAAACAUACCACAUUCCAAGUUCAAACGACAUGUCUUCCACUGACCCCCCAGCUCUCUCUUUAGGAACAAUUUCAACAAUUUUCCUAGUAAGUAUUUGACCUGUAGUAUUUUUUUCUUCAUCCUAAACAUGUUUAGCGGUAGACAACUCAAAUUAUUUUUUUAGAUGUAUAAUACAUGUGAUUUUUAGGGAUUUCGUUCAAUGGUUCUAAAAUGCAACACUGGACCUUAAUGGGUGCUACUUGCUUACACAGAAGGCCCCAUCACAGGUCAUGAGUAAAUUCAUCAAUUGUGCCAUGUAUGGCAAUAUACAGUGUCUAUACUGUAUAUAUACAGUCAUGGAAAAAAUUAUUAGACCACCCUUGUUUUCAAUGUCUUUUUCAUUUUAAUGCCUGGUACCACUAAAGGUUCGUUACCUGAUGAACACAACAAAAAAUGCAGCUGAUUCCGUAAGACUUUAUGUCCUAUUUUACAUGCUUAAGCUUAAUCGUAUUCCUAGGGUAUAUAAGAGGACAUUUCAUGUCAUCAGCAGCACUGCACAUGCAAAGGCCUAGAGUGGUUUCCUGCUGACAUUCAAGCCGUCGCACAACUCAGAAGCUGUCUGCUCUCACAUAACGUCUAAAACUAAAGAAUUACGUGAAGCCACAAAGGCAGCCAUCUUCGCACUGCUGGAAAUUAGCAUGAGUGAGAGACAGGUAGCGAAAAAACUGAAGAUCUCCAAGACAGCCAUUCAUUACACCAAGAAAAAACAAGCCCAACAUGGUUCUACCAAACUGCUAGCUGGUCAGGAAGCGUCUUUCUACCCACCAGAUGACCGUCACUCAUCUGUUCCUGUGUCGAAAAUCGGCCUCAGACCUCCAGGGACCUUAAAAAUGAAUGAACACUGUGGAGAAAUGGGACUUGUUCAGCAAGGAUAGUGGGAAACUGACUUGUUGAAGCUGAUCUGAAGUCACACAGGGCAGGAAGAAGCCCUUCAUCAAGGAAAGGCAGCGGAAAGCCUGGUUACUCUUUGCUGGGGAUCACAAGGAUUGGACUGUUGAUGAUUGGGCUAAAGUUCUCUUCAGGGAUGAAUCCAGUUUUCACUUGAUGCCCACUCCAGCCAACUUACUGGUUAGGAGGAUGCCUGGACAAGCUACAAACCAGACUGUCUGCUCCUACAGUAAAACAGGGGGUGGAUCAGUGACCAUCUGGGGUAGUUUCAGUCUGGGUGGAACAGGGCAAAUGCAAUUGUGUGACGGGCCAAUGAACCAGGGUAUGUAGAGGACUACUCUGGAAAACAGUCUUCUUCCAUCAGCUGGAAAACUCUUUCCUGCUUCCAAUGACUGGAUUUUCCAACAAAACAAUGCCAACAAGACAAUGGUUAUGGGGCUAAGGUUAAAGGUUAACCCUGGUACAAGGGCGGUCAGAGAAAUUGAUACUGCUUUGUGUUUGCAAAAACAGACUGAACACUUCAGCUAAAAGUGUUCCAUUGCCACCUAACAUCCGGCUUCAUGUUCCGACAACAGUGACAUGGGACAACAUUGAUCACAAUGAAGAGACACUAUCUGGGCCUGGAACAUCACACAGGGUAAAUUGUAUAAUUGUGCAACCAAAGGUGUAUGGCUCAAUACCUGAGCCCUAACCCACAAAUGUCAUCCAAAAAGACAAGCAGAUGACUAUUGAACCAAAAGAUGUGUUUAUUCUAGUUUACAAUGCAGGAGAACGCACUGGCCCUGCCCCAAGGCCACAUGUUGCCUUAGAGGAAGGAGGAAGGAAGGAGGAAAUACUGAGAGAUGCUUGAGCAAAGAACCUGCUCUGGUUGUUAGCUCGCAUGCAUUGUUCCUCCAGACAAACUGUAAGUGUAUGGACUGGCUUCAAUAUUCAGACAAGGAUAAGGAAGAAGUUAUCCAAGACACUCUGGGAUAUCUUCCAACAAUUCCAACUGACUUAUCAGCAGUUCUCACACAAACUCUGAAGAUUAAGAACAUGCUGCAACUGCCACAUAUAGUGGUAGUUUUUGACCAAGCCUUCUACGCAAAAGCCACUGACAUUUUGUGAAAACACAAAGAGACAUUUCUGAACAUCAUUCAGAAGAUGGGAGCCUUCCACACCAAAUGCAUGCUGCUAGGAGUAAUUGGCAAAAGAUUCCAAGAUGCAGGUUUGUAAGACUUGUGUAUUGAAGCAGGCGUGAUUGCAGAGGGAUCGGUAGCUGGUGCUAUAGAAGGACGCAACUACAACAGGGCCAGCCGACUACACAAACUACUGUAUGAAGCUUUGUUCCAUCUUAUAUGGAAAGGCUUUCUUUCUUGGAUUCAGCAACAAGAAAAUCCAUGUAGACAACAUUUCAUUGUCUAUGGAAGAGCUGUGUGAGAAUGUGACACAACAAACCCUCCAAGAAACAUUGAACAAUCCAUCAUAUCCACAUUUAGUUGACCCUUUUGAAGAGUAUCUUGAUCACCUGCGGAACCACAAUGGAAAGUUGUCAUCUUAUUGGCUGUCUUACAUGGAUAACCCUUUGUCACGGGGUUCGGUGUGAGCUCAGGCGCAGGAAAUGAACAGUCGAGAAUAGUGUGUAACUCAGGUUUAUUUUCACUGCCCUCUGGGACAACAACAGAAGUCAACAACAUACAGGGAACUAAAAAUAGAGCGCACUAAGCUCUGAAGCCUGUAGCAGCACCUAAGGGUAACUAAACUCGAGGCUUUCUCUUAUGAGGGUAACGAAAGAAGGGGGAUAAAGACAGAAGUUGUUACACUAUAGAGCCUAUGUAACAAGAGCGAUAACUUGGACUAACUACAUGCGGGUAAUACUUGGGAUGCUCUGGACAACAGAAACUAAAACCCGAGGCUAUCCUUACAAUGAUAGCGAGAGGGAACUACAACUGAAGUCAUCUCCAAAAUACAGUGCUCUUAAUGAGAGCCAUAACUAUAGCUGACAACAAACUCACGAGGUCCACAGGGAAGGCUCAGAACAGGCUCACAGCAGAGGCAGCCAGGGUUUGGAGCAGCAACAGGUGAAUGGGGAAGGACACCUGAUGGAGGGAAUCGGUUCUGGUGAGUGUUCCCUUUGCUCGAAAAGGCCAGGGUCCAGUGCGGACGGCACCAACGGCAGGAACGGGGGGAUCCAGAAGGAACAGGGCUUUUAGUUCUUUUCUCUUGUCUUCCUUUUCUGUUUUCUUUUUUACGCUCCCACAGUGAGAGCUGGGUUGUGUCCAGUUAUAUAGUGACUAGCUGAGGCUUGAUUGGUUGCACCCACUGAGCUGGCUGAUUAUGGGUGAUGGGAAACAUCUGUUGCUCCUUCAGUACUGCUGGGCUGUCCUAACAGGGAAGAGGAAGGAGGGGGGGGGCACUAACUCGGCCUGGCAGCAGCCAGCCUGACACCCUUAUGGUGACCCUUAAUACUUCCAUGUAAUGGUCAAAGCCCAACCACAGAGGUGACAAGGAUGUAAAAGGUUAUAAGGACACAUUUUCCCCUGCUCUAUGUCACACUAAAGAUGUAUUACAUAAGUGAUGGAUGUGCUACAAUCUACCAGAAGGAUGACAAAAAUUAGCGUGAAACGCUCUGCUUUAAUUUCAAUUUCUAAGCUAAAAUAUGUGGAUAAAAACAUUCUUUUAAGUUCUUUGUAUCACAACAUAUCAGUAAUAAACUCAUUAUAGUUUCCAAUGCUUUUGAAUGUCUUUUAUGAGUGUAGUUAUCAACAGUGUUGGGAGUAACGCGUUACUCAGUAACGCGUUUCUGUAAUGGAUUACAAUUUCGAGUAACAAAGUAAUGUACAGCGUUAUAGUGAAAGUACGUAUAAUUAAAUUACAGUUACUAACUAAAUACUUAGCUAGUUACUUGCGGCUCUGCUUCAGGAAAGCCGAAGAGGACGUACACUUCCGCUGCAUGCAUGCCUGCAUGCUUACAUCACGCUGAGCACUUUGACCGCGAAGCAGACAGACAAACAAACAAAAAUGGCAGAGGAGACGAAUUCAUUUAUCCGGUGGAGAUACGCACACUAUUUUAACUAUGUCACCCAAAAAGACAAAAACGUGGUCGUGGAGUGCAAGCUUUGCGUGGGCAGCAAACGUUUGUCAAUGGCAGCCAACUCAUCCUCCAACCUUUUGAAACAUUUGCAGCGUCAACACUCAACUGUUAAGCUUGUCGCUAAAGAGCAACACAGCGAGGCUGCCGCCUCCGACACACUGACACGGUACAAGCAACCUCGUCUUGAAUUACGCUGUCAGGUAACCCCAAAGACAGAAAUAAAUAGACUUGUUGCGGCAUACGUUGUGGAAGAGAUUUUGCCUAUUUCUACAGUAAAGUCACCGUCUUUCAGAAACAUUUUGCGCAAAAUAUAAACUGCUGAUGGACUGGAAAGUACAAGUGACAGAAAAACAUUUGCAAACUAUCUUGAAAAAUGCUAUAGCAAGAUGGAAAGUGAGUUAAAGUCAACCUUUGAGAGCCUGGAGUAUGUGUCGACAACGGCGGAUAUUUGGACAUGUCAUAAUAAAAGUUUUUUGGGCAUGACUGCACAUGGAUUAACCCAAACUACUUUUAUUUAAAUGACUUCAAUAAAACAAACAUACAUCUUUGACUCUCUUCUCUUUAUUUUUUGGGACGCGAAGUAAUCAAAAAGUAGUGUAACUUAGUUACUUUGUCGAGACAGUAACUAAGUAAUGUACCCAAUUACUUUUUAGAAAAGUAACUAGUAAUUUGUAACCAAUUACUUUUUCAAAGUAACUUACCCAACACUGGUUAUCAAUGUAUAUGCUUGCAUUUACCGUAUCAGAGGCUAGAAAAUUGUGUUGACGUACCUAUUAAAAGCCCAUGGAUAUCUCACAUAAAGCUGCCACCUGUGCAUGUCUAUCAUACAGGAAUAGUUACUAGGGAUAUUGUCCUUAACAAAAAUGCAUAUGAGAAUUUGCCACCCAAAGUGGUACCGAUGACCCCAAUUUUACCUACUUGGCUCAUGGACUAAUGUAUGUUGUUUCUGUUUACAGACAACAGGGAACAGGUCUUAAUGGCACAAAAAACCUGAGAUGAUCACAAUGCAAACCAUCCAAGAGACCAUAAGGAAGCUAAAGGAUUACCAUCCUUUAGCUUCCUUAUGAUCCGAGUGACAGAGAAAAUUUAUUUAAACUUAAAAAAAGCCUUCAUAAAGAAAUACAAAAAAAUAAAAUGUGGGGACCAACCGUAUUUGUUGUUAUUCUAAUUGUAUGUUUAAAAAAAAAGAUCCUUGGUUGUGGUUGUGAAAAUAUCUGAUUCUCGUCUCCUGUCGUCUGUCUGUCAACCUGCAUUAUGACAUGAAUCUGUCUGCUGUUUUUGGCUAACCGAAUGGUAGCUUUUGGUUGGGAAAUGUCUAAAUGCCAUCGUUGAAUUGAAGCAUGCCCUUUUUAUACAAAUGAUCUAUUUAUAAUAAAGGAAUGUUUCACAAGUCUGUGCCAUGGUUGGGUCUGUUUGAAAGUAUGAAAGUUUGAACAAGAUAAAAUAAGAAUAAAUGGAAAAAAUGUU